AUGUUCUUGAAUGUGAUGCACCUAGUGCAGGCCUGCGGGAAUGAAGUUGCAGCAUUGCAUUAUGAGAAGGGUCAACAAGAGGAGAGAGUUUUAAGUUUGGAGAAGUCUACCAGUCAUGCUGACGUUUUGUUGAGGAAAAAAAGGAGUUACAAAGGAGUUGACAAUGUGAAGGUUGAGGAUGAUGAAGAGAAGGUUAAGAAGACUGAGGAUGAUGGAGAAGAGAUUGAGAAGACUGAGGAUGUUGGAGAGGAGACUCAUAAGACUGUGGGUGGUGAAGUAACCAAGAAGAGACAUGAGUUUGCGCAAAAUGAGAAAGAAAAUAUAGAUAUUUUCAUUGCGGAGGAUGAUUGUGGUGAUGAUGUUAUAGUUGGGAUCCAGCAAAAAAGGGGUCUGGGAAAUAGUGCAACUCUUGGGCUUGUGACGAAGAGGCAAAGGUCAAUGGCAAAGAAAACUCCAUGGCAAGGUUGGGAGAUUCCAAUAUUUUGGAGGACACAAUUGGUGACCCUUGAGGCUAGUUCCUUGUGA